UUCCGAUUAGAGAAUUGGGGACAGACGAAACCCUAAUUUGACUCUUCCCCAUUUUUGUAGUAUAAAUCAACGCCUAAGUUUCACAGGUUUCUCCACCAAUUCAAUCUGCUCUCAUCUCGCAUCAUCAGCUUACCAACAACUCUUCGCUCUCUAUCUGCUCGAAUUUACUGCUUCAUCUUAUUCGUCUUUGAUUUGAUUUCGUUUAAUUGAGAUCUUGUUAUCCGUUUCCUGUAUCAUCCGCUGUCUUGCUUUCUGUUUCUUUGUUUUCUCUGUGUGUUUGUGUUAACAAUGGAUGCAGGUAUGAACACAUCUACGCACUUGAAGGCUCAAGCUCGUUGCCCUCUUCAAGAACACUUCCUUCCCAGGAAGAGUUCCAAGGAAAACCUUGACAGAUUCAUACCCAACAGAUCAGCCAUGGACUUCGACUAUGCUCACUACGCCCUUACCGAAGGAAGGAACGGGAAAGAUCAGGCUACAGCAGCGGUAAGCUCACCAUCCAGAGAGGCCUACAGGAAGCAACUCGCUGAGACGAUGAACCUGAACCACACUCGGAUUCUCGCAUUCAGGAACAAACCUCAAGCUCCAGUCGAGUUGCUUCCCACCGACCACUCUGCUUCUCUUCACCAACAGCCCAGAUCCGUUAAGCCUCGCAGAUACAUUCCUCAGACUUCUGAGAGGACAUUGGAUGCACCUGACAUUGUGGACGACUUCUACCUCAACUUGCUUGACUGGGGCAGUGCUAAUGUCCUAGCCAUUGCGUUGGGACACACUGUUUAUCUGUGGGAUGCUUCAAGCGGGUCCACAUCUGAGCUUGUCACCAUUGAUGAGGAGAAAGGACCUGUCACGAGUAUCAACUGGGCACCUGAUGGUCGUCAUGUUGCAGUUGGGCUCAACAACUCUGAAGUCCAGCUUUGGGAUUCUGCAUCCAACCGUCAACUGAGGACAUUGAAGGGUGGCCACCAGUCAAGAGUAGGAUCAAUGGCAUGGAACAAUCACAUCCUGACAACAGGAGGAAUGGAUGGACAGAUCGUCAACAACGACGUGCGAAUCAGAUCACACGUUGUGGAAACUUACAGAGGUCACACUCAGGAAGUUUGCGGGCUCAAGUGGUCAGGAUCCGGACAGCAGCUAGCGAGUGGUGGCAACGACAAUGUUGUACACAUAUGGGAUCGUUCUGUCGCCUCUUCAAACUCGACCACUCAAUAUUUGCACAGGCUUGAAGAACAUACAUCUGCGGUUAAAGCCCUUGCGUGGUGCCCUUUCCAAGCGAAUCUUCUUGCAACUGGUGGUGGCGGAGGAGAUAGGACGAUAAAGUUCUGGAACACUCACACAGGAGCUUGCUUGAAUUCAGUAGACACUGGCUCCCAAGUUUGUUCGCUGUUAUGGAGCAAGAAUGAAAGAGAGUUGCUUAGCUCACACGGGUUUACACAGAACCAGCUUACGUUGUGGAAGUACCCAUCUAUGGUGAAAAUGGCUGAGCUCACUGGUCAUACGUCAAGAGUUCUAUACAUGGCUCAGAGUCCAGAUGGUUGCACCGUAGCUACAGCAGCAGGAGAUGAAACGCUGAGAUUCUGGAAUGUUUUCGGAGUGCCAGAGACGGCCAAGAAAGCAGCUCCAAAGGCAGCUCAUGAGCCGUUUUCUCAUGUGAACCGUAUUCGUUGAAGAAGCUGUGAAGAGAGACUAACAACAAAGAAUGUCUAGCAGUGAUUGUUACAUAAGACUAACAACAAAGAAAGUCAAGCAGUGAUUGUGUGAAAUAAGAUGUUUUUUUUUUUUUUCUGUAUUGACAAGUAAAGUGCAUAUUGAGUCAAACUUCGUUGUUUGAAUAUAUUUUAAAUAGAAAUAAUUUCAUUUUUACAA